AGAUCGAGAACGUUUAUUUUUUGAUGAGGUGUUGAACGGUGAUGCCGAUGAUCGCGUUAUGUGAUAGUUAUUAUACGCAUUUUUUUUAUGAUUUCGUGCCGGUAUCAGUGUAAAGUGAAAAGAGGUGUAAAUUAGACGUGGAAUGAAUGUUUUAUCAUUAUUUGCGAUGUAAAUCACGUGCUGUAUAAAGGAAAACAUUUUAGUAUUAGCAUGUUAGUGGAUCGAGCGUUUUGCAUCCGGUUCUUCUAUUUGCAAAAUGGUUUCGAGCGGCGAUAAGGAGUGGAAGAAAAAAUUAGGGUUCCCUAUAAACUUCGAUUCUGGCCAGAGCUCCGAUGAUGAUUUCGAUAGCCAGGAUGUAGUGAUGCGGCACCCCAGACGCUCGUCCCGCUACCUCCUCCAGGAGAGCGGGGACGGCUCCGAAGCCGACCUGCUGGGGACCACGCCGCCAAGAGCGCGGAUACGGGAUAAGGAGAAGCGCAGAAAUCUGAUGGAGUCCGGUACGUGCUAUCAGCGAUCUUCCAUCAGUGAGAAAGAAACCGUUCCAGUAUUUCAGCCUACGCCACCUGAACGUUUAAAAAAGCGCGCGAGCCUCAAGCUAGUCAGGUCGAAGGAGAGGGACUGGAAACAAGAGUUUGGCCAGAGGGAGCCGAAAGCGGACUCCCUUCCCUCUCCUGGCCCCGUGCCUGCGGUGCCGACGUUGAAGGUGGAGUCGUGCAACCGCUUCAUGUCGUUAACGUCGCGGCUCAAAAGCCGGCCGGCGGAGGAGCUGGUGCUGGAGCGGCCUGAUGAAGAGCUGCCACCCAGCCGCGUGAACUUCCACAACACCUUCAGCAUGCUCAUCAAUAUGGGGAACAUGGAGAAGGGGUGCAGGAGGACUAUAAGUAGAGAAGAGAAGGUGUGGCAGAACGAAUUGAAGGAUCUCAUCUGGUUGGAAAUCCAGGCGAAAAUAGCCGGGCGGAGCCUGGCGCAGCAGGACGCGUUUUUGUGUGCUCAGAGGAAUGUUAUACCUAACAUCGUGCAGAGAAUUAUGGAAUACAAAUUCGUCAGCACUCGUCCGUGCUGCAGACCCAGUGGCAAGUUACAGACCACCCUGGAGUGCUCUAAUGAAGAUCUCUCUUUGGACUCUACGGAUGGUACUCAGGGCACGGACAUGGAUAGCGAUGAAUACGAGACGGGCUGCCUGAACAUCGAGUGCACGGCGUGCUCGGAGGCGAUCGGCGCGGCGAUGCGCGAGGUGGGCGCGCUGCUGGACGCGUUCGACGCCGCCACCGCGCUCUACCCGUCCUCGCUCGCCGCCGCGCACGACCACCCCGCGCUCGCGCAGCGCGCGCUCGCCGACCGCCUGCGGGCAAUGUGUCUCUGGUACAACACAGCGUUACACUUGCGCCUCAAGAUCCUGUCUGUGAGGCGAAUGUUGCAUACUGUGCGGAUGAGGAACCGCCGGCGGAACAUGCAGCACAAGACCUCCGUGGACUCCACUAGUAGCAAAUCAUCUGACACGCCCCGCCCCUGCCAAGUGCGCUUCAACGUGAGCUGUAACGCGAGCGACUCCAACAACUCCAGCAACAGUGACACUAGCGCGCAAUCUGAUAAUACUGAUGAUAAGAAAGACUCCGGUAUAGAAGACCACGCCCCUCAUGACAUUUCCAAAAUCAUCAAAACUGCCGAAAGCCAGGGUUGUGAUGAAGAACAAAAAUUUGGAGCUAAAGACAUUGUAGACGGUCCUAAUUAUGUGGGCGAUGGUGAAAAGAUAGGUGGUGAAGAACAAAGCACUGAUGAUAAGAGAGGCUAUGGACCUGGCGAUGAAUCUCUAGAUAAGGAGAAAUCGGUAGACAGCGGAUAUAGUAGAUCUGAGUACACGGCGAGCACUAGCAGCGGCAGCGUGACCCCCGAGGUGGUGCUGGACGCGUGCGCGGACGGCGCGCCGGCCGAGCGGCACUGCGCCGGCGCGCUGCGCCUGGGCGCGCUGCACGACCUCACGCAGCUGCGCCUGCUCGCGCGCACGCAGGUGUCCGCCUACAGGGACUACCACCGCGAGAUCCUGAAGACGGCCGGCGUGCGGCGCUGCAUGAUGUUCAUGAACAAGAUCUGCAGCACUUUGCUGCAGAAGGUCUACCUCACAUUGCAGGAGCCUACGGACGAUACAUCCACGGAUGAAGAAUUAGAGGUCGAGCAUCGCGACGGAGACCAGAGUAACAAGGAAAUGGGACAGAGCGUGAAAAAUAUACACGAAUUGAGAAGGUUCGGAUGUUGGAGUCCAGAAAACAUAGCAAUGCGUCUCCCUUCCUACCGUAAUCAUUUCUUACUACUCAACUGUAUUUGUAUGGAGGCCUUGCACGACUACCUCUCGCUCAGGAUAGACAUGCGACCAGAUCAGCCGUCUUGUUUGACUAUUAAGCAGCUGAUCCACGAGCUGCGGGAGGGGCUGGACAUAGCGGCGGAGACGCGCGCGUCGUUCGCCCGCAACGCGUGCGCCGCGCUGCGCGGCUGGCGCCUGCGCCCGCGCACGCGCGCCGACCUCAUGCAGAUACUGCACACCUACGACGCCACCGUCGAGACGGCCACGCAGCAAUACCUGUCGUACCUGAGCACGAUGUCGGCCACGGAGGCGCUGUCGCGCGGCGCGCUGUCGGCCGAGUGCGCCUUCUCCGCCAGGCUGGCCGCCAGGGCGCCCUCCGCCAAGGGGCUCGUGCCGCCGGCUUUUGCACAAAUCGCGUGCAACCAGCUCGAUAGACUGCUCAAAGAAUUCGAAGACAAGUUCGAAAAUCUCAGCGAAGUCAAGGAGCACACGAUCAUUAACGAUCCCAGGUACAUAAUAUACCUGGUGUGCCGCGAGGCGCAGACGAUCUACUCGUCGUCCCGCGAGGCGGCGCUGCAGGCGGCGCAGUGGGCGCGCAUGCUGGCCUGCCGCCUGUCCGACCAGUACAAUAAGAACAAGGCUAAGAUCUUUGACAGCCUGAUGGCCCUCUGCAACUGCCUGGCGGAGCAAACGAAGGAGAUACUGGCCCGCAGCAACCCGCUGGCGGCGCCCCACGCGCCCCACGCGCCCCACGCGCCCGCGCCGUCGCCCGUGCCGCCCGAGGCGCGCGAGAGCCUGGGCGCGCGCGUGCGCGAGCUGCUGCUGCAGAUGUUCAAGCUCGGCUUCGAGAUGCACACGGAGAUGCACAAGUUCGUGCACGGCCCGUACAAGUUCGAGCGCGAGCUGAAGUCCCGGAGGCUGCGCCCCGCGUCGCUGCAGCCGCUGGCGCCCCCGCCCGUGCAGCGGCGCCGCCGCCCCGAGACUAUACUCAUACACCAGUCGAUCAAUCCGAUGAUGCACAAAGAGUUGCACGGUUUCGUGAACGACGCGGCGGCGCAGCGGGCGGCGGCCGCGAGCCGCUCGGCUGCGCCCGCGCACGCGCCCGCGCACGCAUCGCCGCGCCGCGUGCGGCUGCUGCGCUGCGACAGCCUCGGGGAGGAGGUGGAUGGCUCCGUGCUCGACGAUGCCGGCUUUAGAGAUGGGCCGCAAAAGAACAGUCUAGAGUUGCUCCUAACCGGGGACACGAACCGAACAGAACAAACAGAACGAACAGAGCCAGAAGUGGAGCAGUCCAAGGCUGAGGAAACGGAGUGGGCCAAGCGCAGCGCCAGGGCGAUAGUGGAAUUAGCUAAGAGCUGGAUGGGUUUCGUGGUUGAGAGGUGCGAUAGGGGCAGAGGGUUGAGACCCAGAUGGGCGAGUCAAGGUCUAGAGUUCCUAAUGUUAGCCUGCGAUCCUUACAAUACUAAACAUUUGACUGAUGAGGAAUUUGAGGCUCUGAAACAACAAAUGGACGGCUGCAUAUCCCACGUGAUCGGCUCCCGUCCCGCGCCGAGAAGCGACCCCGCGUACCCUUGCUCCAUGUCGCCCACUCCGCACCGCCAUAGACUGAGAUUGCACAGUCCGGUGCCCAAUCCAAACUCAAUGAGCAAGGACUCAACGUCGUCGCCCUCCAGCGAGCAGGACACGCCGCCGGUCUACAGUAGUCAAGAUUCGAUGGAUCACAGCAAGCGCGUAGCGGAAGCGGUCCACGAGCUGGACGAGCAGCGCGACGCGAGCCUGCGGGCGGCGGGCAGCGUGGGCCGCGUGCUGGGCGCCGCCGUGCACAGCUACGAGCCCAAGCUGCGCCAGCUUACCUUCAAGUGGCAGCGCGGCUUGAAGAUCGGCGCCGGGACCUUUGGGAAGGUGUACACGGUGGUGAACACGGAGAACGGGCAAGUGCUGGCGAUGAAGGAGCUGAGCAUCGGCGCGGGCGACCGGCGCGCGCUGCAGCGGGCCGCCAACGAGCUGCGCGUGCUGGAGGGCGUGGCGCACCCGCACCUCGUGCGCUACUACGGCUGCGAGCUGCACCGGGAGGAGAUGCUGCUGUUCAUGGAGCUGUGCGUGGAGGGCUCGCUGGAGGCGCUGAUCGCGACGAGCGGCGCGCUGGCCGAGCACGCGGCGCGCCGCUACACGCAGCAGCUGCUGGCCGCCGUGCGCGAGCUGCACGCGCGCGCCAUCGCGCACCGCGACAUCAAGAGUGGAAACAUAUUCUUGACCAAUGAGGGCAACUGUCUGAAGCUGGGAGACUUCGGGUGUGCUGUCAAGAUCCGUGCGAACACCACCGCGCCUGGAGAACUUCAGGGUUUCGUUGGCACACAGGCAUACAUGGCGCCGGAAGUGUUCAUGAAGUCAUCCGGCCACGGUCGCGCUGCCGACAUCUGGUCGCUCGGUUGCGUCGUCACUGAAAUGGCUACUGGCAAGCGGCCGUUCUCGGAGUACGACAGCAACUACCAGAUAAUGUUCGUGGUGGGCAUGGGCGGGCGGCCGCACAUCCCCAGCUCGCUGUCGGCGGAGGGCCGCGAGUUCUGCGUGAGCUGCCUCACGCACGACCCCGCGCUGCGCCCCACCGCCGACGCGCUCAGCCUGCACCACUUCCUGCUGGUGAAAGCCGACGACGAUUGUAACUGUAAACCAGCCAAUCCUUUAAGACGAUAGAUUUAUUCAAUAACGGAAAUAAAGACUCUUUCAAUUUUUCCACGCACUUUGACCCUAAAUAAUAAAAUCAAUCUUUGAUUAACUUUAUGCAUGGUUCCCUGAGUAAGGUACAAUACCAAGUUCAAAAAGAAAAAAGUGCACGUUUUGGGAUGUCCGACAGACGUGAUGAAUUAAACUAAUGUAACGAAUGAAAGAAUGGGAAGCCAGCCAGACUGGUGCCGUAACGCGUUACGUAACGAAAUAGUUUACCCUCCCACGAGAAGUUGUCACUUAAAUUACUUGUUUGUUAAUUAUGUAAAAAAGUGUAUUUGUUAUUAUGAUAUGAUUAUUGGGACAUGUAUUCUGAAAUACAUACAAAAAGUAUUUUAUUGAUUUAAAUUGAAAUAAUGUUCUAUUUUAUAAAAGUAAAUCUGAUGCGAUAGUGGAAUGCGUUUAAAAAUGUUUUUUUUUUUUCUUAAUAGACUGUAUCUUGAAAUAAUAAAUAUGUAGAUACUUUAUAAAUUUAUAUAUUUUAUUAGGAGUAAUAAUAUAUUGUGACUAAUUAUAGGAAACGGUAAUGGAAUUGCAUGACGUAUUUUUGAACGAAAAUGAAUAUUUUAUACUACAAACAUUGAAAUUUUCUACUAUAAAGUAUUUUUUACGGGAAAUAAGGAUUUUUUGCAAUUUUUAAAUAAAAACGUAUUUGCAUAAAUGGAUUGGUAUAGUGAGGAAUAUUUUUAUAAAGGUAAUUAAAUAAAAUAAUCGAUAAGAAUUUGAAAUGUCAAUGAAGUGUUAAUUUUAAUGAAACUAUGACGUACAGUGAUGUACUUUAAACUUUUCAAAUAUGAAAUUAGCAGAAUUGUAACAAAAUUAGUAAAAUGGAGUUAUAUUUACAAACUACUUAUUUGAUGGCCACAAUGGUAUAAGCUGAGUUGAGAUGACUCGGAACAAUUUUUAUACCGUGAGAGGAUAUUUUUUAUCUUUAUAUACCUCCAAAAUGAUUGUCUGUCUACUUAUGAAAUAGUAAAUGUUUUUUGUCCUGUACUAAUAGGUAUUUUUUAUUACGCUGUUUGCAAGUUAUAUUAAUAUGAAUGGAACAAUAAAUAUUGUAAAAAAAAAACUAAAAUACUUCUGACAUGCUUGAAACAAAGCAAAUAUUGUAAACAACAGAAAUAUUGUGAAUUUUCUGACACGAUCGUCUGUUGCAUGUUUUUAUGAGAAAAUAAUCAAGUGUUUGAACAAUUGCCUAGUAGUACAAGCUUUAGUUGUAACCUAGAUGGCGUUUAUGCUAAAUCCAAUAUGUAUAUAUUUUUAAAGAAUAAAGAUGACUGUAAAGUUUAUUGUUAUAUGAUAUGUUAUUUGUUGUGUUGUUACAUUGAUGAAUGAGAUGAUGAGAUUAAAGUAAUUGAAUUGUA